AUGUAUUCCCAGCUUGACGCGUCCCGGAAAGAAAUACGUCUACUCCAUGUUCACCCAGGGACCUGGAAUGAUGACAUCGAAUGCCACCUUGAGACUGCCUCGCUGAACGACAACCCACAAUUCUACGCGAUCUCGUAUGUUUGGGGCGACCCAACGAUAACGUUACCCAUCAGGAUCGAUGGCGAGUCGCUGGAAAUAACGCAGAAUCUGCGCAAUGGGCUGCAACGAUUGCGGAGAACGGAUGAGACAUUGAUCAUCUACGCGGAUGCAGCCUGCAUCAACCAGUCGGACCUCAACGAGCGUUCUGAACAAGUACAGCUCAUGGGCGAAAUAUAUAGUUUGGCGGAAGAAACGUUCAUCUGGCUCGGCUACGGAUGCAGCCCGCGAGCGCCCUUCAAACGGCCGGCCACCGUCGACUGGACUGGAGAUGAAAGAGACGCGACAACAGUGGAUGCCUACUUCAAGCAGAGCAAGAUCCGGGAUGGUGGAAGAGAAGAGCAAAAGGAGGCAGAGGACGUACUUGGCUUCUUUGUUUACAUACGAAUCUGUGGCAUGGACAAGCACGUAGGCGAAAUCCCCUUCUUCACUGUAGAGAACGGGCGGCUGCUUCGCAAGGAGGGCUGGUCAGCAGUCAUUCGAGCUACGAAGACAUGGAUUUCCAACCCAUGGUGGUAUCGAAUCUGGGUUGUACAAGAGACGGUGCUUGCUCGACGGGCCACAGUGGUUUACUGCAACAACACGAUGCCAUGGAAUACGCUCAUAGAGGCAGUUCAGUCCAUCACCAGACACUCCAAAGGCUGUUGCAGAAGCCUGAGCUUAUCGCUACCGACAAACGGCAGGUUGGCUUGGAGUCAAUUAUCAUUCGCCGUGCACACCGGCGCGGUAGCCCUCCAGAAGCUCAGACAGCGAGGCAAAAGACUGUGUCUGAGUCAAGUCAUGCGUCUAGUGCACCUGCACGAAGCGACGAAUAUCAGAGACAAUGUGUUCGGUGUACUAGGUCUCGUAACAGACUGGCAAGGUACAUCGCCCAUUAUCCCUGACUACAGUCUCUCCCCGAAAGAAGUCUUCAUCCAAGCGACCAUCAGGGAUAUACGCGGUACCCAUUCGUUGGAUGCAUUAAUGGGUAGAACCAUGGCCGGCGUAUCAGGCAUACCAUCUUGGGUCGUGGAAAUAAGCCCGAAAACACCAACACAGUACGCAGUCGCCCAACUCAAACUACAUCGCUCAGCACUGUAUGCAGCGGCGGGCGGAACUGCAGCCCACAUCGAGAGAAGGAAGGAUGUACUCACGGUAGACGCAUUCGAGCCACGCCAGACAAUCUCACAAGUCUCACAGAUAUUACAUACGGAGCGACUUACAUGGAAAAACAUCAUCGACACUCUUGAGACAUGCUAUCGCAUGAUAGAGGCAGAGAAGGAAAAUGUCUUCCGCGCUUUGGCAAACCAGUCCUUGGAAGAAGCGCUCUGGCGUAUCUUGACGACUGACUGCUGGGAACCGCUUCCGUUGAACCACGCGGCUUCCUCCAACGACUCUUCGCGAGGAAACAAAGCACAGAGAUUCCGCAAUACGAAUGUCACGCGCUUGGGACGGAACUUGCAGGCUUGGUGUCAGGCUCGAGCGACGAAUCCUGAUGCUGUAGGAAGUCUGCAUGGCGAGGAUCUUAGCGACGAUCGCUUUUUCUAUGAGUCGUGGUUUACGUCGGGCUUUGAUCGGAGGUUCUUUAUCACGACGGAUGGGUACAUGGGUGUAGGCCCACCGGAGAUGCUGCCGGGCGACUCUGUUGCUAUUUUGUUGGGAGGACGCGUACCGUUCUGCCUCCGAGCAGCUGAGGAUGGGACUAAAGGUCACUAUACGCUCGUCGGAGAUGCGUAUGUGCAUGGGCUGAUGGAUGGAGAAGGCGUUCCGGCGAAUUGGAAGGAGCAUAUCGUUAAGAUACAUCUCCAUUGA